GAAAGAUCAAUGUAUUGAAAACUGCUGAUUUACGGGUGAUUUAUGAGUGUACAACAGCAAACCAAACAAUAUAUUGCUUUAAAGUAUUCAAAAUGUUCAUAAAAGUCACUUUUCCCAACUUUUUAAAGUUGUUAAAAGAUAGAUUAAGGUCACAUAAUGCAAUUCAAACCAGGGAAAUAAAAUAAAAACUGCUAAUUUGCGAUGUUUCACGGUGCAGCUCUGCUGAGAGUGCAUGUGGUGUGCUCAGCGUGUGUUGGGUAUGAUAGGUGUUUGGAGUGCGUGAGCUCCACCCACCGCAUCCCCAGCUGUGCGGUGGCCGGGCUGUGAGCGUCUUUCCUCGGGCAGCGCUGCUCAGACGCGCCGGUCUGUGAGUCGCAGAGCUCGGAUGAUGCCGCUGACGCUCGCCUGCGCGUCGCUCCUGCUGAUGUGCGUCUGCUGGAGCGUCGCGUUGUGUCCGCCGCGCUGUGUCUGCUCCGGGACGCCUCUCACCGUGCGCUGCUCGCCAACUGACCUCCCGGGACUCACCGGCACUCUGAGCCGCUCCGGAGACUCCCUGCAGCAGCUACAGCACAGCAGCUUCCGCGGGCUCCGGAACACCACACUGCUGGAGCUCAGCCACAACCGCAUUACGGAGAUCGGCUCUCAUGCGUUCUCGUCUCUGCUAAUGCUGCGUUCGCUAAUCCUGAACAACAACGCUCUAGUCCUGAUCCAUCCCGAAGCGUUCUCCAUCCCCGGGAGUCCUCUAGAAGAGCUCAGUCUGCGCUCGUCUCUGUAUAACCACACAUCUCUGACGGACCUCAUAACCGCGCUGCGAUGGGGGGAAUUAUUCAACCUGCAGCGGCUCGACCUGUCGGGCAACCGGCUCGUCCUGCUGCCACCGGGGAUGUUCACUCCGCUGCCAAGACUACAGUAUCUACACCUGAACAACAACUCUCUGGUGGCCGUCUACAACUGCACAUUCACUGGUGUCGAAAAUCUUCUGGAGCUGGAUUUGAGUAGGAAUGCAUUCAAAAUGAUCAGCGGCGAAGGUCUGCAUGAGUUGGAGCGACUCAGUUUGGUGCGACUAAUGUUGAGUCAGAACCCUUACACAUGCACAUGUGAAAUGCUUGAGUUUGUGCAUUGGUUGAACAGCUCGAAGGUUAAGAUUGGCGAUGUGGAGAGGUUGAGCUGUGAAUCCCCUGCUGAAAUGCGUAAUGUGUCUUUACGGGUUAUUAAUGCGCAGGUGUUGGGGUGUUACGGUGAAGCGCAGAAAGUCAAUACCGAUUUGUCGCUGCAUACGUCUUAUGUGUUUCUGGGAUUAGUGCUGGGAUUCGUGGGCAUGGUGUUUCUGUUGGUGGUUUACCUCAACCGAAAGGGCAUUAAGAAGUGGAUCACGGAUAUACAUGAAGCCUGUCGAGAUGUGCUGGAGGGGUAUCAUUAUCGAUACGAACUUGACUCUGAUCCACGACUGGGACAUGUUUCAAACAGAGACCCGCGUAAGGCGCGUGCUCCUACUGACGGUGGUAUUUCACAGAUUCCAUCUGAUGUGACUCUGUAAAAGGACUGUAAACAACUGCAUAGUGGAAAUACUUCAAUGUAUAUUAUGACCUGAUAUUUCCAGCACAUGCUUAUUGGAAAUAUGUGCCACAAACUAUUUUUUUUUUUUUUAAAUACAUCACAUGUGAUUUGUUUCACAUUUUAGAUGACAAAUCCACUAGAGAGCGCUGUCUGCAUUUUUGCGAAUCUGAAAUACGUCACUAAUAGUGAAUUUUGUUGCACGUUUUAGACAACAGAUCCACUAGAGGGCGCUGUCUACAUGUUUGCAAAUCUGAAAUGCUUUACUUAGGGUACAUUUUGUUGUACAUUUCAAAUAACAAAUCCACUAGAGGGCGCUGUCUGCAUUUUUUGCGAAUCUGAAAUACGUCACUAAUAGUGCAUUUUGUUGCACGUUUUAGACAACAGAUCCACUAGAGGGCGCUGUCUACAUGUUUGCAAAUCUGAAAUGCUUUACUUAGGGUACAUUUUGUUGUACAUUUCAAAUAACAUAUCCACUAGAGGGCGCUGUCUACAUUUGUGGGAAUCUCAAAUACGAUAUUUGGAGUGCGUUUCAUAGUUUGUGUAUUAGUUGAACAGUUCGAAGGUUACGAUUGCUGAUGU